AUGUCCGACCGUAAAGGGGUUCCCAUCACCAUUACUCUUACUUUACCUAGGCGAAUCGAAGUCUCGGUCAAUCUCGAUGAUGUACAGCAAUUCCAGGCUGUUGUGGCGGAAGUACCUUUCAGUGAAUUCAAGCACAGCUACGAGGAGCUGGCAAUAUCGAACAUGCCUCCUGGCCUACUUGUCUCGGACUCCUUAAGACUGCUACCCGAUACGCCAGAUAUCACCGACAGCGGUGUACCAGUAUUCGCUGUACUUGCCAACAUCGUUCGUGGAGGAGUGCUCUUGGCACUGUACCUUCACCACUCUGUUGCAGAUUUGCAAGGCCUCGCCGAUAUUAUGAGGCUGAUGUCAGGUAGUCCGCAACCUAGAGAACUCAAAGAGAUCGAUCUUGCAGCACAUGCGGAGGCACAGUCUGAGACUCGCGAGGAGCUUACCAGGUCUAAACCUACUGUCAGCGACUAUACGGAGCACCCCGAUUACAUCCAAAGUCGCAUGAGAAGCGUGGCUUUGAACUCUGCGAUAUCUGAUACGGAGGAUGGUUGUUGCCGCAUCCUAGCCUUCGACCUUACAGGCAUCGAAGAGGCGAAGAACGAGAUCAAUGAGCGCUGGCAUUGCAUUUUGGACAAUGGCCCCAAGCACAUCUCCGCUUUCGACUGCUUAGCCACUAUCCUCUGGAAAGCCGUUGGUAGAGCCUCGUGGCCGCAAGGCCCACUAGACAAAAACACGAACUGCCUUCUAAGCUUGAGGAUACAUAUAAAUAUCCGCAAACACAUCUCGCCCCCCAUGCUGCCAGAGGACUAUUUUGGCAAUGCUGUGGUACAUGCCGACGUCCACCUUGGUAUAGCGAGGCUGGCGACAGCAUAUGAUCUGAGCUCGCUGGCGCAUCACGCACAGCAGAUUCGAGCAGCGAUCGAUCAGGUCGACGAGCAUGUGGUCAGAGCAAAGAUUGAUGCUCUACAGUGGGCACAUGACCCAUCGAAAGCCACCAUCUCGAGCAGGAAACUCGAUACUAAUCUUGUCAUCACGAGCUGGGCUGAUUUACCCACUUCCGAGAGUGAAGCUGGGCUUGGAUUGGAUCUUGGAGCACCACAGUUUGGUAGGAAGAUAGGGAGAAGUCAUUCAGCCUUUGGCUGCUUAGUACUGCCGGUGAGCAGGGAGGAGGGCUUCUGGGAAGUCCAGGUGACGCUGACGCAGUUGGUGAUGGCACACCUAUUGACUGAUGAAAGGCUGAUGAGGUUCGUGAACCAUGUGAUAUGA